AUGGCGGACCCGCAGGCGCCGCUCGUCACCCCUUCGAGGCCGCCCGUUACCGUCGACAUCUCGACCAUCGAGGCCGCAAAGGAGAACAUCGUCCCGCUCCACUCUGGCCGCUCAGCCUCGCAACUCGCCGCCCUCUCGACCUCGACCCGCGCCGGCCUCGGCCUCAAGCUCGAUGCAGAGCACGCCCGGUUCCAGGCCCAGAUCGCCGCCGUCGACGUGUACGAGGCGACCGGCGCGUGGGACGACGGCCGCGACGGCCUCGCCGCAGACGACGUCGCCCUCCUCGCCGAGGACCCGCUCGACGUGUCGCACCAGUACGUGCGCUUCAUCGUCGCCAACUACCCGGCCGGUGCGAGCGCCGCCAACAAGCUCGUCCCUGUCCUCGAGGCGACGACGCGCAAGUUCCUCGCCGACGGCCGGUACACCAACGACCCGCGCUACUUUCGCCUAUGGGCCCACUACGCCAAGAACAUGGAGGACGCCGAGGACUGCUACCGCUUCCUGUUCGCCAAGGGCGUCGCCGAGAAGCUCGCCGCCCUGUACGAGGAGUACGCCAAGGUCCUCGAGGCCAAGCACAAGCGCAAGCAGGCCGACCAGGUCUACAACCUCGGCAUCAACCGCCGCGCGACGCCGCUCGACCGCCUCAAGCGCUCGUACCUCGACUUCCAGGCGCGCAUGCUCGUCGCGCCGCCCGUUCCCUCUCCUCCUCGGCCCUCGGCGCCCACCGCCGACGCGCGCCCGAUCCUGUCGCGUCCAGCAGGCGCCGUCGUCGCCGCCGGCUCGGGCACGGGCGCGGGCACGGGCGUGCGACCCGCCGGCAACGGGAGCCUGUUCGCCGUGUUCCGCGACGGGGCGGGCGGCGCGAGCGAGGCGGGCAAGGAGGCUGGGUGGGAGGACUACGGGACGGUCAAGAGCCGCACGAGGGAGAACGACGAUGACAAGAAGGAGUGGGCGGGCGAGGUCAUGCCGCAGAAGGGCGCGGCGACGUCCAAGCCGGGAGGGUUCAAGCUCGAGGUCUUCCGCGACGAGAUCGCCGCCGCCGCCGUCUCGGCGCACCUCCUGUCCGACACGGACGUCUUCUCGCGCUCGUCGCGCGCUCCGACCGAGGCCGACCUCCUGCGCUCGAACCCGUUCAAGAACUACGGCGCGUCCGACGCAGGCCUCGUCGCGCGCGACCCGCUCGAAGGCCUCGAGGUCCUGCCCCGGGCCGGCGCGAGCAGCUCGGGCGCCGGGAAGAGCCGCAGCUCGAGCCGCGAGGGCGACAAGGACAAGGACGGCGCGCGCAAGGUGCGCUCCGUCAAGAAGCCGGCGAGUUCGUCCUCGACGAGCGUGUCGUCGUCGUCGUCGUCGAGUAAGGGCAAGACGGCGUCGAGCAAGCCGGCGUCAUCGUCGUCGAGCGCCGACCCGGCCGCCAAGCCCAAGGAGCGCGUCGCCAUCAACCUCGCCGAGAUCUACCCGAACGAGACGGACGAGUUCUCGCCCGAGGAGGUCCGGGCGCGCAAGCACGUCGAGGCGACGCGAACGUGGGGCGGGUGGGAGUGGGCGGCGCAGUGGGACGAAGAGACUGCGAGGACUGGCUCGACGAGCUACAAGAUCGACGCCGAGACGGGCUGGCCGGUCCUGUACGACACCAACACGGGCGCUCCUCUCUACGACUUCCUCCCUCGACCUGUCGCGCCAUCACCUGUUCCCGCACCCGGCGCACCCGCACUCGCCGGGGCGGCUUCGCCCUCGCCAGCUUCGCCGACUCGCCCCUCGUCGCAGCCCGAGCGCAGCCUUCUUUCCCCUUCUCCUCCUCCGGCGCAACGCGUCGCACUCGAGCUCGGCGACGCCGCAUCGCCUGCUCGCGAGCGCUCGCCGUCCCCACCUCUUCCCCUCGACCCGAACCGCCCUCCCUCGCCGACCAUGAACACGCGCGCCGCCAACGCGCUCCUCGACCACCUGUUCGCCAAGACGCUCGACUUUACCAAGGUCAACGGCGCCGGCCGAGCCGGGCAGGACUCGUCGGACGACUCGGACGACGACUCGGACGACGACGACGAGGCGGCGUUCGGCGGCCUGCCCGGCGGCACUGAGAGCCAGUUCUCGACGCAGGGUGCGACGCAGCAGAGCGACGCCGACGUGUCGGACGCGCCGUUCGCGCCAUUCAGCCAGACCCGGAGCCAGAUGGACGACGACUCGGCCUACUACGGCUCGCAGCAGCGCCACCUUGCCGACGCGCACGCUCGCCUCGACGUCGUCGCCGAGGGCGACGAGAACGACGAGAACACGCCUGCGCCUGUCGUCGCAGCAGCCGCCGCCGCAGCGCCCCUGCAGCUGUUCCGGGACGGCUCGUCUCAGCCGCCGGCCACCCCGAGCGGCGGGUUCCGCCCCGUCACGCGUGUCGGCUCGGCUCGUGCGCCGCUCGGCAUGAAGGCGGGCACGCCCCUCGCGGCGCAGCCGCCGCCGCCGUCGUCGCUGUUCAGCGUGUUCCAGGACGGCGCCGCCGCGCCGCCGUCGGGCCAGGGCGUCUUUGGGGACGACGACGACGACGUCGUGCCGUCGUCGCAGGAGAGCGACUCGACGCCGCUCGGCCCGCUGCAGCCGCUGCAGGAGGACGACGACUCGUUCGCCGAGCAGGACGAGUUCGAGGCGCCGUUGCGCGGUUCGCAGGACGGCGACGAGUCGUCGCAGCGCGACGGCCCGAACGACGGCUACGACCUCGGCCGGCGCGUGCCCGGGCAGCCGAGCCGGUACGCGCCGUACGUGCAGCAGAUGACGCCCAUCGUCGAGCGCACGCUCGAGUUCACCAACGGCACGGGCCUCCUGUCGGCGAGCCAGAAGGGCCGCCGCGACAGCUACUACCCGGGCGGCGGCGCCGGUGGUACUGUCGCCGAGGAGGACGAGGACGAGCCGAGCACGGAGGAGGACGACGAUGACGAGGAGGACGGCGACCGGGCCUUUGUCGCCUCGUUCCAGCAGCCCUCGUUUGUCGCCCAGCAGCCGCCGGUCCUCCAGCAGCAGCAGCCCCAGCAGCAGCUCGACGCCGACAGCAGCAGCGACGACAGCAGCGACGACUCGUCGGACGAGGACGACGCGCCCGCACCUUCCCUCCUGCAAGAGCCCGUCUUCGUCCCGCCGCCCGUGUCGUCGCCGGCGCCACCUUCCCGGUCCUCGCUCGGCCACGACGGCUCGUACGACGCCUCGCUCAGCACCACCCUGCCCGACGGCCUCAGCAUCGCCGGCAACCAGAGCGGCAUGGUCACCGACAUCGUCGUCGACGCGAGCACGACCCGCCGUUCGUCGAGCCUGCCCGCCGCCGACGCGCCCGCACCCGUCGACCCGUACAGCGGCGCCACCCUGUCGGCCCUCCUGCGUGCGGCCAACCCUCCCGUCCUCGAGCACGCCGACGUGCACAACCUGCGCCACGAGACGGCCGACCGGCUCGCCGGCCUGCAAAAGGCGGCCAAGCGCCGCAACCGCACGAGCAGCGGCAAGGGCGGCAAGGACCGCACGGGCACGAUCGACGAGGCGUGGGACGUCGAGCUCGGCGGCGAGACGUUCUCGGUGCGCGACAAGCUCGGCGAGGGGUCGUACGGCGCCGUGUUCCGGAUCGCGCUCGGCGGCGGCGGCGACGACGACGACUUUGACGCCGACGCCGAGGACGAGCUGUCGCUCGCCGUCAAGGUCGAGAACCCGGCCAACCUGUGGGAGUUCUACGUCCUGUCGCAGCUGCACGCGCGCCUGCCCGAGCGAGCUCGCGCGUCGGUCGUCGCCGCCCAGCGCCUGUACGCCUACCGCGACGAGUCGUUCCUGUUCCUCGACUACUGCGACCAGGGCAGCCUCCUCGACGCCGUCAACCACGCGCACGAGUCGGGCGUCGCCCCGACAGCGUCGGGCAGCUCGGGCCAGGGCGUCGACGAGCUCCUCGCCAUGUUCUUCGUCGUCGAGGUCCUGCGCACGCUCGAGGGCUUCCACGCCUCGGGCUUCGUCCACGGCGACCUCAAGAUCGACAACUGCCUGCUCCGCCUCGAGGAGGUGCCCGGCGGCGCACGAGCGUGGGCGCCGACGUACGACCCGUCGGGCGCCAACGGGUGGGCGCACAAGGGCCUCAAGCUCAUCGACUUUGGGCGCUCGAUCGACCUGUCGGCGUUCCCUCGCGGCCAGGCGUUCUCGACCGACCAGGACCCGCACGAGCUCGACUGUGCCGAGAUGCGCGAGGGCCGCCCGUGGACGUUCGAGCCCGACUACUACGGCGCGGCCUCGAUCGCGGUCAACCUCCUGUUCGGGCGCACGAUCGAGACCAAGCGCGUGCCCGUCGACGACGCGCAGCCCGAGGGCCCGCUCAAGUGGACGCUCGCCCACUCGUGCCGGCGGUACUACCAGGUCGACCUGUGGACGCGCCUGUUCGACGUGCUCCUCAACCCGAGGAGCGUCCGCGCCGACUCGAGCCUGCCCGUCGUCGACGAGCUCGCGGCCGUGCGCCACAAGAUGGAGGAGUACCUGCGCCAAAACGGCGAGAAGGCGGGCAAGAGCCUGCGCGGGCUCAUCAAGAAGCUCGAGAUCCACUCGAUGAUGCGCUAAGUCGUUAAGGAGAGCGACCCGGUCCCCCUUCCCCUUUGCCGUCCCCCUUCGUCUUUCACUCGCCCUCCCUCGAGCCUUAGUUUCCCCCCUCCUCCUUUGUGCACCUCGUCUCACAGCCUGGCACGCCUGCAUUGUACCGCACCCGCGCUCGGCGCCUCAUGUC